AAAUGAAAAAAAGGAAGAGAGGGGCAAAAUGGCAAAUGAAAUGGAAGCCGCCUAUUAGGGUCUACCAUUGAAUUUUACCUCGAAAUUGUUAAAACACUGCUUUGCCAAGGCCACCCUUUAUGGGGUCUCACUCCAAAGCCACCCUUCCUUCCAGGGCUUAGGAGAGAGACCCUCCCACCCUGAAACCCCUUUCCUUCCUUCCUAAGAAGCAUCAGACAAAAACAAAACCAUCUUCCUCUUUGCUUUUUCCAAGGUUGUCUUUUGUCUUAGGACAACCUUAGAAAGGGGCAAAAGCCCGAACCCCCAUUUGAGUUUCUUUAAUAGCUUGUGUAAUCAAGGACAAAGACUUCAUUUCUUUGUUCUCUUCUGGCUUUCAUUUUCACCUUCUCAACCACAAAACCUACUUCAAAAAGCCCCAUAACUUCUUCUUCUUCUUCUUUGGUUUUCUGUUUUCUUUCCCUUCUGAUCUAAGGGAGGGAAGAGAAGGGGAAGAAAGGAAAGAUAAGGCAGCAGCUAGCCCACGAUCACCACCCACCCCAAAAACUCUCCAUUAAACCCCAAAGAAAGUCCAAAGAAGAACAGAAAUAUUACUAUUGUAUAACGUGGGAGAAUAGAAAAGAGACAAAAGGGGAGAUGAUGCUGAUGAUGGGAGGAAACAACCAAGUGACUACACAAAACGAGGGUGGUGGGACCUCGGACAUGCACAACAGCUGCGUAGAAGGUGGCUUAACGUUGAAAAAAGGGCCGUGGACGGCGGCGGAGGAUGCUGUGUUGGCGGAGUACGUGAGGACUCACGGUGAAGGGAACUGGAAUGCAGUGCAGAAGAACACAGGGUUGGCACGUUGUGGGAAGAGUUGCAGGCUCAGGUGGGCUAACCAUUUGAGGCCUAACUUGAAGAAAGGAGCUUUCUCUCCUGAAGAAGAAAGGAUCAUCGUCGAGCUGCAUGCUAAGAUGGGGAACAAGUGGGCUCGUAUGGCUACUCAGCUACCAGGGAGAACAGACAAUGAAAUCAAGAACUAUUGGAAUACAAGAGUGAAGAGGAAGCAGCGCCAAGGGCUGCCACUUUACCCUCCUGAAAUCCAACCCCUCUAUCCCCAACACCACCAUUCACAACCAACAACACCCAUCCCUUCCUCUCCAACCCUGCAGUCACCUUCCUCUUUCUCCUUCCAAACUCCCACCACUCUCCACCGUGGCUCAAUGCUGUCACCACCACCUCAUUCUUUCCAUCUCCCGCGCUCAGCUUCACAACCUCUCCUCCAUAUUUCGCACCAUGCGGCGGCAGCAGCAGGGCCAACACCCUUUCUCCUUAGUCCAAGUCCGGCCUCAACGCCGCCUCCUCUUCCUAGCCCCACCCCUUCAACACCACCAUCUACCUCUCCACUCCCAUCUCCCCCUGCCUUCUCAACUCUCCCUCUCUUUGAUUCUUCCACAUUCAACACUUCCACUUCUAAUAGCACCACCGUCAAUGCUACUUCUUCUGAUCACUUCUUCUUCCCCAGAACCUUACCUUCCCUCCAAACUCCACUUCGCUACAAGCGGUUCAAGCAAAAUAAUGAUAAUGCUGAAAGUAAUAAUAACAAUCAUAACAUUACUGUGAAUGGCAGCAACAGGAUCAUAAAUUCGAGCUUCAUGUUCCCACUUUCUCCAUUGGUGAAAAGUACUGAUGUUUUCAAACCUCAUACUACUGUUGCUGCCACUGCUACUACUAGUUCAUUGACCCCUCAACACUACCCUUCAUUUUCCUUGGAUCCAAUCACACUCGAUCUUGCUUCAUCCUCAAGGAUUCUCCGUCCCCAUUUCGAUUCAGGACAAUUCAUUUCGACUCCUGGAGUUGCUUAUCCGUUGAAAACGGAGCUCCCUUCAUACCAAUUGUUGUCCCAAGAUGGAAAUUCUGAGGUUACUCUCCAUGCCAAUGAAGUAAAUAACUAUAGCAGCAAUUAUCACAGUAGCAACUACCCCAACUUGAGCAUGCCUGUUAGCGGAAACGGGUUGUUAGAGGAUAUGUUGGAAGAAGCACAGGUUCUGACAGGCAGCAAUGAUCUGUUGACGAGGCAGGGUGGUUUGGUUGACUUCAGCUCAAGCUCUGAGUGUUUAGCUUCAGUAUUGAAACCAAAAGAAGAAACACAAGAGCAGAUCAACACCACGCACGAAGACUACUCCAAGCUGCUCAAUAUUCUUCCUUCUUCCAUGCCAAUCCCCGAGUGGUAUAGCGACAGCGGGGAAGGUUCCAACGGGCAAUCUUCAGUUAUAACAGAUGAUAAUCUAGGCCUCGAGAUGCAUCAAAUAGCUUCAUUAUUGCCUGUUGAUCACAUUGCACCAGGAGACCUAGCUCCCGCUCUCGGGACAACUUGCCUGGAAUUUGCUGAGUCAAAUUAAGAGGAAACAAAAAAUGGGUCUAAAAUCGCUAGGGUUUUGCUUGUUUGGUCUUUCUUUGUCUGGUUUGAUUAUGUUUGUUGUACUAAUGAGAGCAAUAUAACAAUCAAAAUGAACUUUUUCAGAACUCAAGCAUCUGAUGAUCUUAUGUUAUUCUUGUAUUAUCAUUAAUUGUUAAUCAACACUUGUCUUGAUUCCUUUCAUUGGAGAAGAUCAGCCAAGCUUUCUUCCAAUUAUGAUGUAAUCUUAUAA